AUGAGCAGCAACGUCAACCCGGCCUUGUGGCCCAAUGGAAUACCCGACGGGGAUGAGGAGUUUGCGGAUUUUCUCGAUCUGGGAGAUUUUGGGAUAAAUUUCGGCCAGUUUGGAAUGGACAUCGAUGGUACUCAGCAGCAGCAAGCACAACAAGAUGAGUCCCAGCAGGACCAGCAGGGCCAGCAAGGCGGUGGUGGGAACGAUAUCACGAUGGAGGACUUUUCGAAUAUGCAGCGGAACUUCACAGCGACUACCCAACCUUCGCAACACACGCCACAUCUCCAGGUUCAACGACAACAGUUGACGGGCCAAAACCUGGGACUGGCUACGGUUUUUGAACACCAACACCCACAACAGAGCCUAUACGGUAGGGCCAUAAUACCUCCGACGCCUUCGAGCAUGGAGCUCCACGCGGGUGCCCAUAGUAUGACCAACUUUCUAGAACAAGGGAACAUAUAUCAGAACAUGGGUGCUGAUCCUAUGGUUUUUACACCUUUGGGGACGCCUGCGGUCACACCGCUAGAUACAUCUUUUAGAGUGCCUGAGUAUAGUGUAUCCGGUGCUUAUUUUAGCCCGUUAACAUCGCCUGCUCUUGAUGCUCAGGCUUUGGGUUAUAUGCAAAGGAAACUGCCAAAAUCGCCCGUUGAGCCAGCGGAACCAAGUAAUCUGAAUCCAAAGAAAACUACCGUGAGGAGGAAAUCUGUCACAGGACGGGCACCAGCUCGGGUGGUUCGUCAAUCUCCUAGUAUGAAGCCACAGCCAGGAAGACGGAAACCUGCCCCGUCAGUGCCGUCGCUCGAGUUGACAGAUGCUGCUAUGGCAGAGAUUACGUCGCAAUCGCCGAGGACACCGGUGACACGAAGAGGUGGCCUAAAAAUCCCGGCAGACUAUCAUAUCUCAUCAAGUAGAGAUAGUUCGUCGGCAGAUUCGAUAUCUCCAGAACCAUUGUCUGAAAGUUUGAUGCCGCCCCCGCCUGCUCCAAGUUCUGGUCAUGCAAGGUCGCCUUUGAUUCCUGCCCUGCAAAACCAGGAGGCAAAUCUACCGAACCUGCAACCUGGACCAUCCGCCUUAUCCGUAAACCACGAGGCCUUGCCGGCCCAGAAGACCAAAGGUGGAAAACCGGCAACCCCCGCAUCUUUGAUGAAUAUGCCGAAAGGCAUUGCUCCUAAAGGAUCACAGGAACUGCUGCAGGCGACACUCAUCCCGAGCAUUCCGGAAAAUAGACCAGCUUCUGGAGCAACAAGUCCUUUGGAUGAACAGAUGACCCCACGGUUGUCAGCUAUCCAAAGAUCGUCCGCAAAUGUCACACCUAGCUCCUCCCCAAUGAUAGAGCCGAAACCGGCAGGAUCUGAUAGUCGUCCACCAUCCGGGAGUCUCAAGGCCCGAAAAGAUCCAAAGGGGCAUUCGAAGCGUAGCUCGAUAAGUGCAAGCCCGGCCCUACAACCACGGAUUUCACCUAGUAUCAAACCUCUACUUCCCGAAGGUCUAUCCGCGUCCCAAUCUGCGCUCAUCCUUGCCUCCAAAUCAAAUUACGAACACAUUGUUUCUGGAAAUCAUAGUCAGCUGGGUUUGUCAUAUCCAGAACAUCUUGCCACCAACCUCACCCAUAAACGUACUUCGCAUAAGAUUGCCGAACAAGGCAGGCGAAAUCGGAUUAAUAAUGCCCUGGCCGAAAUUGCUUCACUCCUACCCCGGAAAGCCCCAGAGAAAAUCAGCGAUGCCGCGAAUAACGCCCAACCCGGUAGCAAGGCUAGCACUGUCGAACUUGCGAUCGAAUAUAUCAAAGAGUUGAAGACUACUCUAGACGAAACUACAUCCAAGCUCGCCCAAGUUGAGGCUGAAUUAGCGGCUCUGAAGAUUGAGAAGGGAAUCCCACUGGAUCAGCCCAAUGCCUCGGUUGACAAGGGGACGAUCGAAGACAAGACAGACACGUCUUUGGCAGAUGCAUGA